GUAAGUUACAAGUUUUACAUUCUAAAAUUGUAGGCAAGAAAACUUCCAAACUCCACACCAAACCUUAUCUCUGAGUUAAUUAACACUGUACACUCCCUUUUCUUUUCAGCCCUUUUGAUCAAAAUCAUGGUAUAGUUAGAACCCACUGCAUGAGACUAAGGGUAGAUAAUUAGUUUAAUUUAGAUAAUAUUUUUGGAAAGGUAGUAAAUAUGGAAGGAGAAGUAAACAAGGAGGCUGACAAACUUCCUCCAGGAUUUAGGUUUCAUCCUACUGAUGAAGAACUCAUCACUUCUUAUCUUGUAAACAAGAUAUCCGAUUCAAGUUUUACUGGAAGGGCAAUUACUGAUGUUGAUCUUAACAAAUGUGAGCCUUGGGAUCUUCCUGGGAAGGCGAAAAUGGGAGAGAAAGAGUGGUAUUUCUUCAGCCUACGAGAUAGGAAAUACCCAACAGGAGUGAGGACAAAUAGAGCCACCAACACUGGGUAUUGGAAGACGACUGGCAAGGACAAGGAGAUCUUCAAUAGCAAUACAUCCGAUCUUGUUGGUAUGAAGAAGACUUUGGUAUUUUAUAGAGGGAGAGCCCCUCGUGGUGAGAAAACCAAUUGGGUCAUGCAUGAAUAUCGUGUUCAUGCCAAAUCUGCGUUUCGAACUUCCAAGGAUGAGUGGGUUGUAUGCCGGGUUUUCCAAAAGACUGCUGGUGGCAAGAAAUAUCCCUCGUCUAGUCAUUCAAGAGGCAUGAUUAAUCCAUACAACCAUGAGAUUGGCCCAGCUUCAGGGAUUCAUCUGCCUCCCCAGAUCAUGUCGACAGAUCCAAGCUAUCAGUUCCCAGUUGGAUUAGGAAGAAAUUACAUGAGUAAUGCUGAUCUCGCGGAGUUUUCUAGGGUUUAUAGAGGUAGCAACAAUAUGCCUCUCCACCAAACCCAGAUGAACUAUCCCGACGGAGGUGGAGCUGAAUGCUUUACUAUUUCCGGGCUGAAUCUAAACCUAAGAGGAUCAACUUCAACACAGAUGAGGGCCAUGGCACAACAACAACCAUCUGCAGCAACAUCAUCCCUACCAUCACAGCUGCAAGAGGAUGUUACCUCCUCAAUGCUUAUAAAUAGUGGUGGACUUGGCAAUGAACAAGCCAUGGGUUAUGUUGGGGAAAUGAGUAGCAACUCAAAUGGACUUAGCAACAAUAGGUUCAUGACGAUGGAUCAGUGUGCUGAUCUUGACAAUUAUUGGGCUCCCUAUUGAGUAUUGCUAGUGCCUAGAGACGGAGGAUCCUACUCUCAGAAUUUCUGAUCUUUUAGAGACGAGAGUAUCAUUCUUCAAAGGCCAGUUAAAAGGGGAUAUGAAGAUCCUGUUUAACACAUGGGUUCAAUUCCUCAACUUUUACUGGCCUCCCUAUUCAAUGAGAUAGGGUAAGCUAUCUUAUGUUAGUUUCGGUUAGUUAAUGGUGUUUCUGAGUUUCUUAUACAAUCUGUUAGAGCUCUAUAAAAUAUUAUCAUUAGACCAUCAC